CAAUGGAAAAUGCAGUAGGAAAAGAGCGUACAUAAUGAAUACCAGCGUUUCUGUCUCGGUGUUAGCGGCGAUAGUUUUGGCAUUAUAUGACGUCACUGACGUCGGAGCACGACUGACGUCGGACAAGCUUGCAUUCAGACGCUUCCUACACGGCUGCCCGUUUGCUUUUCCUUGCGCGCUGCCGCCAUGUGAGAAUCCAGUGUUCGGCCCAGGGAAUUGCUGUGGCUCGUGCCCCGAACCGGAAAUGACGUCAUCAACAACUGAACGCGUCACAACCUCUGGCAACAGCAUUGACAAUGAGGACCCGAAAUCGUUAUUCGGUGACCCGGAAAAACGCGACAUCACGCCGCCAACAAUUUCACCGAACCAGCCACACCACACACACCUCACAACAACGACGAUCUACCCCAUCCCGACCACCGAGUGCAGCGACCCGUGCAGAUUUAACGGAACGCUCUUCUGCUUCCAGAUACCGUGUGAUGAACCAUGCGUGGACGGCCUCAAAUUGCCAGGAAAUUGCUGCCGGAUUUGUCUCCAUGGUAGCAACUGUAUGCACGAUGGUCAUAUAAUUCCGGAGGGACGGAACGUGACGAUGUCGGGAGGGGAAGUAGUGAAUUGUGUGCGUGGCGGCGUCCACGGAGAGGUUCAGAUCUACCAUAGAACUGACAAGGUCGUUGGAUAGAAUUGAAGUCUUGUUGUGGUCAUAAAUAUUUGAAAUAAAUAUUUUACUCUCGUC